AACUACAUCAUCCAUGUGGUGAGAGAGCAGAGAGAGAGACACGGACGGAGAUAGCUCCCAAAUAAUUAUUCUACCCAUCAACAAUUUCGCUCAUAUUCCUCCAGCAGCCACCAUGUUCAAAUUUCGUCCAGAGGAAGACCACUGAUUUUUCCCAGUCGCAUUGUAAUUAUAGUACCGAGUAUUAUAGUGCAGUCAGUGGGGUCCGUGAUCAGAGUUGAGCAGAGUGAAGGAAUACGAAGCAAGAAGUCAUGGUGGAGGAGGGAGGAGGACGGCGAGAGUAGAAAACUGUUUUGUUUUUUAAUUUCUUGGUUGUGUCGUGUGUUCUCGUCGGCUAUAACAACGGUUAGUUAGCAGAGGAGGAAGAGUUGUAGUUUAGGAUUCGCCGCCGCCGCCUUGUGAUAAGAAAGUUGGUGUAGUCAGUCAGUUUUUCGGAGAAAAGGACAACAGCCCGGGGACUAACUUGUUUCAAUAGUCAAGAAAUGGACAGCUAUAGUAGGAGUCAAUAAUUUAGCAUUGCUAGUACAGAUAGUGAACGAUAGUAAUCAUUCUCGAGCGAAACUAAGACUGAUCAGUUGGUUGGCAGAUAGGAAAUGCGAUCCUUUGUGGGGGACACCCCACCUUCUGCAGCUUAAGAGCUAACUCAACUGCGUCUAGUUUGUAGUUUAUACAUAGUUUAUAUAGUCGUCGUCCAAGUGCGUAAAUAAAUAGUCCGAAGACAAACGGUUUUGGUUGUCGAUUAUUCGUCAUAAAUUAUCAUAUCAUCGUGGCUUCGUAAAACUGCGGAAACUGCCAAGCAAGAUGGAUCGACCAGAGGGUCUGGGUCGCUUCGAAGGCUUGGAGUUCUUGAAUUACGAGAAUGUUUGUCCAGCUGAAAAGGAUAUUCUCCACAAUAUUCUUCAAGGGACGGAAAGCCAGGAGUACUUUAAAGGCCUGUUUACUUUUGUCAACCCCUUGAAUGAUAAACUACCCGAAUUUGUGACUGAAUUUGGGCAAGGAGAGGGGACGGACAGUUCAGCUGAAAAUAUUGUCGUCUUGUCGCAACCGACUAAUAUAAAUGAAGGCGUUGAUGAAAUGUCUGCCCAAUUCAAUGGAACUCCUUUUGAUUCGAUGCCAACAAUUCCACAGCAUGCAACCACCAUUGUUAGUCAGUCCACUGGACCAUUGCAUGCUAUCCAGCCGUACUUUCCUGGACAAACGCAUUUGCCAAUUGCUGUUUCCGCUACAUCUGCUCCUAUUUCCUCUGUUGGGCCGGCCCCCAUUACAAAUCAUCCGUCUGGAAAUACUAUGAUGAUGUUUUCUCCUGGAAUACCACAAAUGAUUCCACAGCAAUCCUAUUAUACUCCUCAUGCCUACUAUGGACCGGGAGGAAAUAACCAACACUUGUCAUAUGUUCCCAUUGACAAUUCUGUUGUUAGCGAGAACUACAUGGCACAUUCACAGGGUCAAAAUCAUAAGAUUCAUCAUGAUGCUCAUCAUGCUGGUCUACAUUCAAGUUCGACAAGUCAAGGAGGAAACACUUACAGCAAAGGGAGAAGAAAACAGCAGCAACAACAGCAGCAGCAGCAACAACAAGUUCCCGCCAAUUACUAUUAUAAUCACACACAAUACUACCCAGUCCCACCAUAUUACAAUCAGCAGCAGCUUCAAAAUGUUACGGGACAUCCGAUCAUCAUGGGGCCAGCCCAUGGAAUGUACCUUCCUCAUCAUCCUGGAAUGUAUCAAGGUCAUCCAGGGAACGAUGUAGAUCAUCAUGGAAGCAUUCCGCCUCAGUCCAUGGUUCCUAUUCCAAGUAAUGACAUGAGUUUUGCUCAACACCACCAUCCAGUCUACACUCAUAACAGUCCCUCGCACAAUACGAGAAACUACCCACACCACGGUACUACCACUACAAUUACUGCCGGUAGAACAACUUCUGGUGUCCCGCCGCCACAAGCUUCAGAUUCAAAUGCUCAGAAUAUCGAACGACCCGGAUCGUUAGAAACUGAUGCUCGAGUUGGUGGUGGUGGUGGUGAAAAAUCAACUCCCACUAAUGGCACCGAAAUACCUACCUCUUCCUCCUACUCCUCUGGUACUCCAAAGUCUAUGCCUGACCUUUCAACGUCUAAUGGAACUAUAACCUCCACCCCGGAGAAGGAAACCUCGACUGAUCCAGAUGCCAAUAAUCCUCAUGAUAGUCCAGCUUCCGAAGCAAAAGAAGCCCAAGUAGUCAAUGGUGCAGAUACAGAUGACUCAUCUACUAUGAUUCCUCCAGAGUCAUCUUCUUCCAAGACUUCUGUCUACAGUUCUAAUAGGAAAGAAUUUUUAAAUGACACGACCACAGAAACUAUUGUGAAUUGUGCUUACUCUUCUGCUGAUAAACUAGAAGUGGUUCCUACUAAACAAAUUAAUGGUGAUGUAGAUGACGAUGAAGAAGAAGGAAAUGUUGAUUAUUCAGACAAACCGUCUUCUACAAUCCGUGAUAAUUUAAGUGCCGACCAUAAAAACUCUGAAAGUGAUGUUACAAUCCGACAACAAGAGCAGAUUUCCGCGAAAAAAUCCUGCUCGUCCUCCUCAGACGUAACUUCCCUACAUAGUGACAGUCUUUGUAAGAACAACUCUACUAGUUCGCCAAAUUCCACGACCAUCAUUAGUCAACAGCCUAAUAAGGAUGAUAAGGUGAAAAAUAGUGAAAUUUCUACGGUCGAAGUUUCAACUUCUGCCACCAGCAGUAACUGCAGCAGCAGCAGCAGCAGUAAUAAUAUUGUUGCACAGCACGAAAACAAAAGUGCUGCUAAUCGUUCUUGGGCAAGUGUGGCGUCAGUGAAAAAUCAAAAUAUUUCUAACGAUGGUGCUGCUAGGCGAUAUAUGAGUAACAAUGUGAAUCACGCGAAUGAAAAUGCUGUGGUUUGUGGUGAUGCGAGGUUGUCUUGUUAUUCGGACAUUGUCCCAAGCCAGAGGGAAGGUCAUUCUGAAUACACGUUUGACGAUCCAUAUCCCGAUGAACAUGAUCCUAUCGCUCAUCGCCUCGGUGAGCACUUUUGCAAGUACGGCUUGGAGCAUCAAUCAAUUCCCUUGGCUCCAAGGGGUCUGCACAAUCAUAGUAAUUCUUGCUUCCUCAACGCCAUACUUCAGGCUUUACUGGCGUGCCCUCCAUUUGUCAAUAUUUUCCGAUCUCUGGCUUACAUUCUUGACAAGACACCAUGUAAAGCUGCUCCAGUCACUCAGAAUGUGUUUGAAUUUGUCCGAGAGUUCACUCCAUUGAUAAGAAGUACAGCAACAAAGAAAGAUAAAUGUAGAGACAAUUUCAUUGCUGGGCCCAGCCUCGAACCAGUUGGAAUUCGCAAGUCCAUAGCGCUAUUGUCCAAAGACACCUUCAAAAUUGAAGGAAGACAAGAAGACGCUGAGGAGUUCCUUUCAUUUCUCCUUAAUUGUCUUCAUGAUGAGAUGAUAAAGGUUGUAAAACUUCUCGAGAUUAGACGAGAAGUACGAGAACGCGUACAGGACCAAAUAAUUGAUAAAGCGGCACCUACAGUUGUCAACGGUGGAGCUGAAGAGUUGAAGGAAGACGAUGACGACCAGUGGCAAGUGAUGGGGGCCAAGAAUAAGAGCUGUUUAACCCGAAGAACAGCUGUUACUAAAUCACCAAUUUCAGAAGCAUUCCUUGGCCAGAUGUGUUUGUCGCUUAGUCGAGUGAAUGCAGUCAAGAAGGCUCAUUUGGAACCAUUUUUUACAUUACAAUUGGCUAUUCAGAAUGACAACGUCAAAUCUGUAAAGGACGCUCUGGAAGCAAUUUCAGUAAAAGAGGAAGUUUCUGGGAUGACAUCAGCAAGCGGCAACGAAGUUGAAGCUUGGAGACAAGUUAGUUUGGAAGGGCUUCCACCAAUUUUGAUUUUGCACCUCAAACGGUUCGUCUAUGAGAAAAGUGGGAUUCACAAAAUAAACAAAAAAUUAGAUUACAGUGUUGACCUCGAGAUCGGAAAGGAACUACUUUCCAUUAACAGCAAAAAUAAAUACACUCCUAAGCAGCGACAGUACAAACUAUUUGCGGUGGUGUACCACGAUGGAGAAGAUGCACAUAAAGGCCAUUAUGUAGCAGACUGUUUCCAUCCAUCAGGUGGCUCAUUAGGGGGGCAAUGGGGAUGGCUUCGAUAUGACGACACAUCAGUGAAACCUGUGAGCGAAGCAAAUAUGCUAAAUCCUCAAGCUCCUCGCGUUCCAUACAUAUUACUCUACCGACGACAAGAUACUAUCUUACAGCAACUGAGCAAGAAAGGAUCUUGAACAACUUCUCCUCCAUUGCCACCAUUCUUUGGUUAAUUAAGAUAAGACUGGAAAAAUAUCUAUCAAUAUAUUUUGAAGUAUAUAUAUAUAUACAUACCUGCAUUUUACUACGUAACAUUAAUGAUUUGAUAGUAGUAAGUAACAUACAUAUUUAUGUAUCUUUAUAUAAUCGUAGAGAGCUUCGAAAUUAUAUAGUGAGUGUGUAGAUAUACGAGAGGUUUAUGUGUGCAAAGUUGGUAUAAAUUUGUGAAUUUUAUACCUUGAAACUGGUCGACUGCUUGCCUGAAUGAAUGAUCACGUUGUUGAUGUGCAUUACAGCAGAUGCAAGCAACAAUUUUUAUGAGUGUAUGUAACGGCAUGUAGAAAUAAAUGUGUGUGUAGAAUUCAAUGUAAUAUUAUAUUCAUGUAGGGAAAUGUUGUCCAAUAAUAUUUUCUCCUUUUGAUGGUGCGUAUAUAGGAAAUAUGUAUGAACAGAGUAAAGAUUUGUUUAACGCUGUAUUGUUCUGGGAAGCACAAAAGAGGUUUGCGUAGCUUUUGAACGAGACAAAAAAACUCCCCCCAGAUGAAUGAAAUUAACUAAUUCAUUGACACCUCGACUUAAUUUAAGUCAUGCUCAGCAUUCAUCGGAUAAAUAGUAAAUAGUUAGUAGGUGUAGGUAGAAUAUUUUUUAUUCCAACUUAGACCGGCACACACGAUGAAGCAUAUGCUUUAAUAUCUAGUAUAACAUCGUUUUCAAAUUGACAAGUUAGCCCUUCAAAGUUAUCUGGAUCAUUAAAACGAACACGACAAUGGAAUUAUUGUUUGUUGAUGAGUGAUUUCCUUAUUCAAUAGUUGUGUUUGUUACUAUGUAUGGCAGGUUUUCGAUUUUGAGACCUUUAGGACGACUGCGUAUUUAUAGUUAGACAGCAGACAGCACAAAGCGAUAUUGACUAUGAAUGACAAAGUUCAGUUCAGAUGGAUAUUUUUUGUUAAUAUUAUUAACAAGUGGUACAGUACAUUGUUUUAGAGUUAGCUUAUUUUCCCAAUAUGCUUUCGUUGUUCGAAAAUAUUGACUUAAAAAAAUAGAAAAUCUUUGACCAUCUGUAACCUAUUGAUUUUUGCAUCUUGUUUCCAAUCUUAUUACUAAAUAACUUUUUGUCAUGUUUGUUUUCAAAAUUGGUGUGCCUUAUUUAGUGUUUUUGUAUAUGGAAUUUAAUAUGUUUCCUGUUAGUUCAACUGAUUGUUAUUACUGUUAAAAUUUGGAAGUUUAAAUCUAUGUAUUAUAAUCCAUUUUCUAAAUUGUAUCAUGUUUAACUGCGACUUUGUUAUUGAAUGAGGAUUGAGGAACAAUAAUAUUUUACUUGUCAAAUGCUAAUAAUAAUAUCCUACGUUUCAUAUACAUGACAAUUUUUUAACUUUUGCACGACAGCUUCACUGUGAUGAUUCGUAUGAUGUGCAUUUUAUUUGGUUAAGAGUCAUUUGUCAUUUCUAAAAUAAUGCAAGAUUAGUUCACUUUUUUGUACAGUGAUGAUCACAUUAUUAGCGUUCAAGUAUCAAUUUUAUAAUCUUUAUAUAAAUGACUUCCAAUAAUUCAAUAGUGAAAUCUAAUGGGAAUUGUAUCUUACCCCGCAAAAGUUUCAGGAAGACCAUAAUUAGUAAAAAUAAUUAUUUAACUGAAUUAUGUAUGGCUUUAAUAUUCUGAUCCUAAAGAAGCACGCACCUCAAAGCUCACCUGAAAAGUUGAUAAUUUUGAAAGAGUUUAAUUAAUUACCUAUUUACUUAGCUCUGUAUUUUAUUACACUGUCACCUCCCUUGAAUGGGUAUCAUUAAAAUAUGUUAAUUCGAACUCAAUCGAAAGUAAGUUAAGUGACUGAAUUUUUGAACACAAAGUAGUAGAAAAAUAUAUAUUAGAACAAUCUUGUUUAAUAAUAAUAUCUGAUUGAUUAUUGAGUUGCACUCGUAAUCGUUCUUUAUAUAUUUAUUAAAUAAAAAUCUAAGGCAUCAAUGACGCAACGAAAUUGCUUUCGUGAAGUUCGCAGCCGGAAUUUUAUUAAAUUUUCAACCCGAAAGUAUUGCGAAAAUAGUUAUGUGGUUACAAUUACAACAGAACAGAACGAAUAUAUAACAUAAUAAAUAAACAUAAAUUUA